AGUUGGCAUCACAUUUGUAAAUCAGCUGUGCUUUCUCUGCUUGGCCGGUGUUUGCUAAUUCUGAUUGGAACACACGCACGCAUAAAAACUCCACACGUCAGCAGUCUUCGUCUUAUAGCCAAAGCAAAAUGCGCCAACUAAAGGGUAAAGUUAAGGAAACGCGUAAACAGAAGAAGGAGCGCAAAAUGGAAAACGCGCAAAUCCAAGGGAAAAUUGGAACUGUUGUUCUGCCGGCGCUGGGCGUCAUUGCCAUAAUGAUUGUGGCAUUCAUUUAUCUGAAGACGAGACCAGCGGUUUUGGCCUAGACGAUGGAUAACUUUAAGCUAGAAUAGACAUCGAAUAAUUUACUUUUUGUACUUGUGCUCGUGUGUAACUGUGUAGCGUUAUUUAUUUAGCUGUAAUAUUGUCAAUUGUGGAAUUUAUUUUAAUGUCGUUUGCGUGUACAGUAAAACUUGUUAAUAAACACAAUUUUAUAUUGUUGUCAAGUGUUCGAAUAUAGUGUUGUAAAACGGAGACAAGUUGUGCGCAGCAGGUGUGUGAUUUGGCGGGUAUUUAAAUGUUGAAAAACUAAUGACAAUAAAAAAGAGAAAGUUAUCAA